UUGGUUAAUCGAGUAGACCAAUGGGAUCGCUACAAGGAACACGGUAAAAAGGUGGCCGCGUGUUUAUAGCGUGAGAGCGUUAAUAGAGAUGCUGAGGCGAGAAGCUCGACUUCGAAGAGAGUACCUUUACAGAAAGGCUCAGGAGGAUAAAAGCCUCUCUAUUGAGGAGAAAAAACAGAAGCUCAAGAAGGCUUUAGAUGAGAAUCACCUGAUCCCAACAGAAGUUCGGAAAGAUGCUAUUGCGCUUCAGAAAUGUAUUGAAUAUGAUGAUGAAGGGGGUGAAGGAGUUAGUUCCCACAUAGAUGAUGAGUACAAAUGGGCUGGAGUAGAGGACCCAAAAAUCAUGAUAACCACAUCUCGAGAACCCAGCUCUCGGUUAAAGAUGUUUGCUAAGGAAGUGAAGCUGAUUUUUCCCAAUUCUCAGCGUAUGAACAGAGGAAAACAUGAAGUAGGAGCUUUGGUGCAGGCUUGUAAAGCUAAUGAUGUUACAGACCUAAUCAUCAUGCAUGAACAUAGGGGACAACCAGAUGGAAUGAUAGUCUGCCAUCUACCAUUUGGUCCCACUGCAUAUUUUACUCUGUAUAAUGUAGUAAUGAGGCAUGAUAUUCCUGAUAUUGGAACUAUGUCAGAGGCAUAUCCACAUCUUAUCUUCCACAAUUUUACAUCUCGCCUCGGUCGAAGGGUGUCUGGCAUCUUGAAGUAUCUUUUUCCAGUUCCUAAAGAUGAAAGCAGACGGGUUAUUACAUUUGGAAAUCAGGAUGAUUUCAUCUCUUUCAGGCACCAUACAUAUAAGAAGAAAGAUCAUAAAAACAUUGAGCUGACAGAAGUUGGGCCUAGAUUUGAGAUGAAGUUGUAUAUGAUAAAACUGGGAACACUGGAAAAUGAAAACACAGCAGAUGUAGAAUGGCGUCUUCAUGCCUAUACCAACACUGCAAGGAAACGAAAGCACCUCAGUGUGGAAUAAAAAAAGUGACUGUAGCUGGAAACUAAUCCAAUAAAUCCAAAAGAACACUGAUGUUUUAAAGGGCUUUUCAAAUAUUGCAGAAUCAUUUUUAUAACUUGAAUAUUGCUGUGAAUUUGCUUUUUUUUGUUUUGGAUAAAUGUUUUAGCAUUUUGGGACCUAUAAUGUACAUUUCCAUUUAUUUAUUAUACUGCUUCAGUUACUUUUACUGAAUAGAACAACACAUUUCAAAACAUUUUGUCUUUUUUUCCCUUCCUAACUUUGAGUGAAUAAAAAAACCAUCAUGGUCCCAUUGUAAAGAAUUUGGUUUUCCAAAAAAGGUAUAUGGCCGCUUGGUUUUCAUAACAAUAUUAUAAAAUCUGAGCAUUUUUUUUUUAAA